AUGUGCUUGCUCGCUAAAUCACUUUCCAAGUUAUUCCAAGCCCUGCUUAUUCUCAUAUUUCUAUCUUCUAUAUCUUUCUUCAUCAAUUCUUCUGCUUCCGCUGCAACUUCAGUCUCUGCCGAUGCAAAGAGUGAUGAACCAGUUAAAGGGGGAAAGGAAGCUGAUUCUCUCUUAAAAUGGAAAGCCAGUCUUAAUAACCAAAGCCAAUCUGUUUUAGAUUCUUGGGUUGGCAGCAGGCCUUGCAGGUGGGUUGGGGUCACUUGUGAUAGUUCUGGAAGUAUCACCAAUUUGAGCCUCAUUAAUUUACGUUUAAGAGGUACGCUUCAUAGUUUCAAUUUUUCAUGCUUUCCCAACCUUUUAAGUCUUGAGAUUUGUAACAACUCAUUGUAUGGGACCCUUCCGUCACAUAUCUGUAAUCUCUCCAAAGUUACCUUAUUGAACAUGUCCGGCAAUCAUCUCACAGGAAAUAUUCCAUCUGAGAUAGGUUUGCUGACAAAUCUUUCUAAGCUUGAUUUGUCAAGUAACAAUCUCACAGGUUCAAUCCCUCCUUCCAUUGGAAAAUUGAGGGAGUUAUCAAUUCUUCGGCUUUUUGAAAACGAACUCUCUGGAUCCAUCCCCCAAGAAAUUGGGAUGCUUAGUUCUCUUUCUGAACUCUAUUUGCAGGAAAACAAUCUCACGGGUUUAAUCCCUACUUCCGGUUUCAUACCUUCAGAAAUUGGAUUCUUAAAAUUUUUAAAACAACUUGAGCUGUCGAUUAACGGUUUAACCGGUGUAAUCCCUUCUUCUAUUGGACACUUGAGAAAUUUAUCGAUUCUUUACCUUGACGACAAUAAACUUUCUGGUUCCAUACCUUUAGAAAUCGGGUUCUUAAAAUCUCUUAAAAAACUUGCCUUGUCGAGUAAUGCUCUGUCUGGACCAAUUCCUCCUUCCAUUGGAAAAUUGAGAGAGUUAUCAUUUCUUUCCGUUUAUGACAACAAGCUAUCAGGAUCCAUCCCCCAUGAAAUUGGGAUGCUUAGUUCUCUUUCUGAACUAUAUUUAGAGAGAAACGAACUCACAGGUUCAAUCCCUACUUCCAUUACAAAUUUGGGAAAUCUCUCUAUCCUCUACUUUUGGGGCAAUAAAAUCUCUGGUUCCAUACCUUCAGAAAUCGGGUUCUUAAAAUCUCUAAAAAAACUUGACUUAUCGAUUAAUGCGCUGUCCGGACCAAUUCCUCCUUCCAUUGGAAACUUGAGAGAGUUAUCAUUUCUUAACCUUUGGGACAAUAGACUCUCAGGAUCAAUCCCCCAUGAAAUUGGGAUGCUUAGUUCUCUUUCUAAACUCUAUUUGGGGAAAAAUAAUCUCACCGGUUCAAUCCCUACAUCAAUAGGAGAACUUAAAUCCCUUCACAUGUUGGAAUUGCCAUUCAACCAACUCAACGGUUCCCUGCCUUUGGAAUUCAAUAAUCUUACUCGUUUGAAGUCACUGCAUUUGUAUGGGAAUGGAUUCACUGGUCAUUUGCCAGAAAAUGUAUGCCUUGGAGGGUUGCUUGAAAAUUUCACUGCUGGCUGUAAUCAUUUCUCAGGUUCGAUCCCCAAAACCUUGAGAAAUUGUACUAGCUUAUUUAGACUUAGACUUGAUUGGAAUCAAUUAACAGGGAACAUUUCAGAAGAUUUAGGGAUAUACCCGCAUUUGAAUUUCAUUGAUUUGAGUAACAAUAGAUUUCAUGGAGAGCUUUCAUGGAAAUUGGGGAAGUGGAAAAACAUCACGACAUUAAAAUUUUCAAACAACAACAUCUCUGGCAGCAUACCACCCGAGCUGGGAAAUGCUACUCAAUUACAUCUUAUUGACCUUUCCUGGAAUCAUUUGCAAGGGCAAAUUCCAAAAGAAUUGGCAAAGUUGAAGCUGUUGUUCAAAAUUUGUCUUAAUAACAACAAUCUUUUUGGCCUUGUCCCUUUAGAUUUGAAGGUGCUAUUUAAUCUGGAUGAACUUAAUUUAGCAGCAAAUAAUCUAAGUGGUUCAAUUCCUGGACAACUUGGAGAACUUCCACAUUUAUUGGUCUUGAAUUUGAGUGGAAAUGAAUUUACAGGAAGUAUUCCGUCUGAGUUACGGAAUCUACAUUUUCUAGAAGUUCUUGAUCUUAGUCAAAAUUUGUUGAUGGGACAUAUGCCACAACAACUUGGGCAAUUGAGAACUCUAGAAGUGUUGAAUCUCUCCUAUAACAUGCUUUCUGGUUUGAUUCCAACCACUUUUGUUGAUUUGUGGGGCUUGACUACUGUGGAUAUAUCCUACAAUGAGUUAGAAGGUCCUAUUCCCAAUGUAAAAGCCUUCCGUGAUGCUCCAUUUAAGGCAUAUAGAAACAAUAAAGGCUUAUGUGGUAAUGCCAGUAGUCUAAAGGCUUGUACGUCUGUCAAAAGUGGUAAAACUCAGACAAAGAGCAAAAAAGUUGUCAUUCUGAUUUUACUUCCUGUUUUGGCCACCCUCUGUCUGUUGCUCUUGAUUGGAGGUCUCCUGAUUCUUUUUCGACUUAGAAAAAGAAAAGCCCAAUCAAGGGAAUCAAAAGAUGAAGAUAUACUGGUGAUACCUGGUCAUGAUGAGGAAUUGCAAUAUGAAAAGAUCAUUGAGGCCACUGAGGAUUUCAACUCCAACUAUACCAUUGGAGCAGGUGGAAGUGGAGUCGUUUAUAAAGUUGUGCUGCCAUCAGGUCGAGUGUUUGCUGUGAAAAAACUUCAUCCAUUACAGGAUGACAAGUCAAGGAACUUGAAAGCUUUUGAAAGAGAGAUUCAAGUGUUGUUAGACAUUCGACAUCGAAAUAUUGUGAAGUUACAUGGUUUUUGUUCACAUUCAAAGCUCUCUUUUUUGGUUUAUGAGUUCUGA